AUGGAAGAGUGCAGGAAGGAUCUGGACAUUAUAAAUAACAUACUAGAAGAUUCGGGGAUUGUUCGAUACAAUGCAGUGAAAAACAGGUUUAAGAAUGAUAGUGCAGAGUCACAGCUACUUCUUUCACUGUAUAAGAGCACAGAGCCCAAAGAGACUGAAUUUACUGCAAUAGACUUAUACAGAACAAAUCUACAAAAGCUUAGAAGAAAGAUAGAAGAAAGAAGAGUAAAAAUAACAGAAACCGUUCGGAAUGGUGUAACAACAGAAGAGCUACAAGAAACCACAUCAGUUAGAAAUGAAGAGGUUCUUGUAUCAAUAAGCCCGAACGGCACAGCCACGCCUUUUGUCCCAGAGACAGUUCUGCCAAAUUACACAAUUAAUAUAGAAGAUGUUAAAACUCCAGACGACUUUAAAUAUGCAACUGUGAUAGGGCCCAUAGAUGUUGUUAAGGAGAAGAAAAAGCACAGGUCUUCAUUAAGGCUGAAUGGAACCUUUCUUGAAACAAAAAUAACCGACAAGAAAAAAGGAAUAGAAACGGUUUUAAAUGUGGAUAUAUCUCUAGCUAAGCUUUUUAUUAUAGUUAAAAGCAGCAAAACAUUCCUGACCUGUAUGAAAAAGCCUUCUAAGAAUAUAUAUUUGCAUAAGGAGUUAGACAUAGUUAACAUAACGAAUGGAUCACCCUCUGAGCUAAUCCUAAAGAAUGUAAAUACGGGAGAGUUCAUUAAGGAAAAGAUUAAAUCCUAUGAAUUCUUUAUAUUGGAUGUGUAUAACAGUAAAAUAUCCUACAGAACAAAUAAUCCAGAUGAAUUUAUUAGGUGGCUACUUCUUAUAAAGUCUCGUAUGUAUACAGUUGACAAAUGGAGCAAAGAAGAGUUACUCCAGUCGAUUAGAAGCUAAGAAAUAAAUAAAUUACA